CCAGACCCAUAUCGUAAGACCCUUGACACUUUCAACACAAUAUUCACUUUCAUGUUUACCGGGGAAGCCAUAUUGAAGCUAUUUGCUUUUAGAUUGGUAAGACGUUCUCCUUUUGCUAACAGCGCUGCAAAACGCACCGCGCAUUAGCGAAAAACUCAAGCCUGAUCCGAUUACUCUGGGAUUUCCGGUUGCUUAUAUAAACCAAUUAAGAAAACAUGAAAUUCCUGUUUUAAAAAAGUGUGAAGAAAAAAGUUUCUUUUCAAGACUUUUUUUUCUCUAGAUUCAGACUUUUGCGCGAAGGGUUUUUUUUUUUUGCUUGCACUAACGCUGAGAAUGGUGACCUUUUUUACUGGCUUUCUUGCUUUUUUACUGGCUUUCUUGGGGAUGUCUGUGCGGAAAAGAAUGGCAGCUCUUAACCAAAAUGAGGACUCUUAACAAGGACCGCUAAAACCUCUGGCUGUGGUGGGCUCAAUAACUUGUUACCUUCACCGGGACAAGAGAAGAAAUGAAACAAAAGAUUAGCAGGCUAUAAAUCUUAUCGUAUGUUUAGUGUGGGUGUAAGCCCGUUAUAUCAAAAGCCCUUGUGGCAAACCUGUAACAUCACAAGGCUUUUAGUGAGUUUAUUAGUCAUGGAAAAUCAAGCAUUGCCAUCCUGAUAUUCUUUUGUGCUUAAUUAUCUCUUUAAAGAAUUACUUUCGAGACGGCUGGAACGUGUUCGAUUUUAUCAUUGUGUUGGGAAGCUUGCUGGACUUCGCCCUCACCGUAAGCUUGGUAAGCAAAACACUGAUUUAAUGCACUUGCACUUGGCACUUUUUAUUUGAUUGUCAAUGUAUUUAGCACGAAAGUACUAACUGGGGACACUAUAUUUUACGUCUCCAACUGGAGACGGGACCGCCAUUUUACGUGGUCAUCCGAGCCUCGCGAAGGUCUAGCCUGUUGCAGUGCAAAGGGAGUACCUUCAUUUGUCGGUUAUUUUAAGACCCUGAGUAUUGGUCCGGCCCCAGGAAUCGAGCCCGCGACCUCCCGCUCUGCAGUCAACACGCUCUACAGACUGAGCUAACACUGCCGCGGCAGGGUGAUUGAUUUGUGUUUAUCUUUACUUUUUUAUCCCGGGAAUAAACGUAAAAAUGGUAGAAAAAAGCGUGGAAGUUGUGUCGACGACUUUUUUUUUUCAAGGCUUGCAUUAUACCCUUUACAUUAAGGGGGCUUUGUUUAUGUGACUUCCAUAUGUUGUGCUCAAAGCUGAACUGGAGUUAUAACCUGAUAUUCUUAGUAGUGUUAUCUCAGUCAUACUUGGAAAUGAAACAGGAAGAUAUGAAAUGAUUCUAACAAAGGGAAAACAAAGCAUGAUCGGUUUAUAGUCAAUUUUCGACAAUACAGGUGCUUAACUUGAAAUGGUUGGCCCAAUAUUUUCAAGAUGUAAUUUGCUUCCACCAUGGCCAUCGAAAGCCAGAGAUAAACAUGUAUACAGUAAUAGCCCGCGUAUAAGAACCUGAGUUUUAAGAACCUGUUAGGCUCCACAUAGGAACCUAUUUAAACUAAAAUUUUAAGUUAGGUUCUUAUCAAAGUGGGGUUGCUGUAAAAGUGUAUAGGUAGAAACUUUCUUUGUUCUGUUUUGUUAAGGACAUAUGCUUUACCUGCAUUGAACUACCUAUAGGCAUUGCUCUAUGGUACAAAUAAAUGAUUUAUACUGUAUUAUGAGAUGAUAUUUAUAAUAUAUAUAGUAUAUUCAGAUGAAAUUCAUAUGAAAAUAUAAGAACCUAUUUAAAGUAAUUAAUUAAUAAAGUAAUUUUAAAUAAAACUGAACCAUUAUUUCAGGGUUUUUGUUGACUCAGUUUUGUUCUUAAGGUUUUGAACUAGUAUUAAAGACUCGUGGCAUAGCCCCUUUGAAGUAACGAACUUACGUUUUCGAUAUCUAUUUUUACAAAAGGAUAAUCAACAGAUGCCCUUUGAUCCCAGUCUCUUCCGUUUGUUCAGGGCGGCGCGGUUGAUUAAGCUGCUGAGGCAAGGUUACACUAUUAGAAUCUUGCUUUGGACAUUUCUGCAGUCCUUCAAGGUAAAUGUUACACUUACCUUACCGUUUGUGUUUAUUAUGAAAGGCUCUUCACAGUUCACCGUUUUUCAUUGUUAACCGGCUACCGCGCUAAAUGGGAGGUGGGUGCCUGUGGUAUCUAGGGGACUUCACUAUGGCCACCCAGCCCUUGGAUAGAAUCCGCCACAUGGCAAAUCCCAGCAACCCGGCCAUGCGCCCCCAUACCAGGCAUCCGUCACACUGACGAACCAGUGGAAAGAGGCAUAGCCAUUGUUUUGAUACCAGCAACUUUGCUCCAGGCUGUCUUUCUUUAACAAAGUGUAUAAACGGUUACUAGCAACAUCACCCACUAGGAAGAAUGUGCAGUAAAGCUGUGUUUUGGCAACAGCAAAAUAGUAGAGACACUUUGUCUUCAACUACAUUUUCCAUGUUUUGUCAAUACUGUUUUCUUCAAAGAGGAAACAACAAGCUCCCCUUUCUUACUUCCGCUAAACAAUGUUGUACCGCUGCCCAAGUUGCCUGUGAGAAACAACAAAGGAACCAACCUUUCCUGGGUGGGGAGGGGUGCUGAUUUUUUUUGGUCAUUGAAGUAAACACUAUUUGACGAAAAAUUGUAAACUUCCGCCCAGUACGGAGUCUACGGUAAAGAGAUCGUGUCUUGAUAACGAUCACUGGACGGAAUAGGCCGUUUCCGAGUUCCAAAAACUCUCACUUUCAAAACGAGGCUUGGUGCGAAACCUCUUUAUGUGAAAAUGAGAUUUGGCAUGAGAAUACAAAAUCAUUUUCAAAUCAGUGGCUUCGAACUUAGCCUCGCAUCGAAACAGAGGCUUGGAGCAACCUGGAAAUGGCGUUUUGGGUAAAACGAGGCUUUUAUUUCCCACAUCCCAAUAUAUCAAUUACACCUUUAAUGCCAUACUUCCACUGGAGAACACUGGAAGAAGAAAGUGAGAAAGAUGAUCCAAGUGACAACUCGUUGGGAAAAUAAUGCUAUUAAAUAGAUUUGAAUCAAGGAACGGAAAAGAUGUUCAAGUGUCGUUCAAAAUUGUCGAUUCACUGAUGUCAACCUAUGUGUUUCAUUUAGGCGUUACCAUAUGUAGGCAUGCUGAUCGGGUUGCUUUUCUUCAUUUACGCUGUCAUUGGUAUGCAGGUAUGUAAUGCAACAUUAGGAGGUCACGCAACGCAUCACGCAAAAGUGGAACCAGCCUCUUACGCCCAGGGGUAGUCCAGAUUUCUUAAUGAAGAAAUGAUCGAACCCAAGGGGUACUUCAGAUAUCCGAUUAAUGGGGAUGAUCGAUCAGGGGUACUCAAGAUCAUCCGAGUGAGAGGGGGCGAUUGAACCCCUGGGGUACUCAAGAUAUCCAAGUGAAGGGAUGAUCGAAGGGGGAUUGGCUUAAUUUAAAAUUCGUGAUUUCAAGAUUUUGGGAAUAAGACCAAGGCUCUGAGCAAGUGUAUACAUGUAUAUUUUUGGGGGGGUGUGGGAUAGCUGCUCACUUUAAAUUUCAACUUUUGGAUUUUAAUACCUGGAUGUGAUUUUUGUCCCCUAUCACUCCUCUACAUCACUGUGUACCUGAAGUCCCUCUCCCACUAAUCCCCUUCCCCCUACUCCCCCACCCCCCUGCCUCUACCACUCCCUCAUAGUACAGCGUAGUUGACCAGCCUGUGACCCGUUUUUGACCCGUUAUGGUGGCAUCGCCAUACCGUCAUUGCGUCCAUCGUAACAGGGUUUUCUACGAAACAGGUUUUGCGUCAAAGACUUAAGUGCAAACAUGACAAAUUAACGUUAAUUGAACUCUUCAUGAAGGUCAGGUAGACAACAAAUACUAGUUUAUGACUAUUUGACUAUUUCUUGUCUCUGCCGUAAAAAUGAUGCAUACUCAACCUCUGAAUGUUAUCCUGUAGAUGUUUGGUCAGAUCACCACGGAUAACGACGACCUUGGUGAGCCCUGGAGUGAGAUUAAAGCUCGAAAUAACUUCCAGUCAUUUCCCGAGGCUCUCCAAGUGCUUUUCAGGUAUGACAGUAAUUUACAAAAAAUAAUAAGAUUAUACUCUGAUCACUUUAGAACAAAACCCCUAGUAGCGUUUUGUUCUAAACUGUUAACAGGAGCUUCAUUAGCCUGCGAGCAAGCUCUCCUAUUUGGGCAAACGAAGUGAGCCUCGCGAGAACGUCCGAGCAAGGGCCGAGCGCGGCUUCGCCGCUCGCUCGCGCGUUCUCGCGAGACUCGCUUGACUCGCCCAAAUAGGAGAGCUUGCUCGCAGGCUAGAGCUCCAUUCUUUCAGUUCUCUUUCUAAUGAUAAAAUGACUACCAAUACCAGUGGCGGAUCUAGACCUUCAGAUAAAGGGGGUGGCCCGGUGUCUAAAUAUGGAAACGAGUUUAAAUAUAAUCUAGUUUUGCCGUGACUUAUUAUGCUUCUUGCUGAAAUUCCUUGAUAUUGUUACGUUUUCCUGUCACGCUUUCUGCCUGCCUGCACUGUAAGUCCUUGAUAUUGUGACGUUAUCUUGUCAUGCUCCUUGCCUACAUGCACUUUUGUUCCUUCGUGUUGUCACGUUUUCUUGUCACGCUUUCUGCCUGCCUGCCUGCGCUGUAAGCCCUUGAUAUUGUGGCGUUUUCUUGUCAUGCUCCUUGCCUACAUGCACUUUUGUUCCUUCGUGUUGUCACGUUGUCUUGUCAGACUUCCUGCCGGCGUUCACCGUCGUUUCUUGACAAUGCAACGUUAACUUUGUCAUGAUAUUUGUGUAGGUUUUUUUUCCGUUGCCACGUUGGUAUUUUCGUAUUGACUUGUUACGCUUCUUGAUGUACGUCUUUACAUUAUCGCGUAACGUACAGUAAUUUUUCGAAGAAACACCCUGUCUAAACACGAAUUUGUAAAUAAAGCUCUCAGACAAUUUUUAUGUUAUGAGAAACUAACAUCAAGUUGCACGGCUGUCAUGAAAAAAGAAUAACAACCAUUUCUUACAAAUUAGUGGACCCGAAUAGACUGCAGCUUUAAAUAAAUACGGGGUAUACUAGGGAUAAUAAAAUUGAGAGAAUACGGUAUCGAGGUCCUUGCCCUUUCACAAGGGUCUUGAUAUCGUCAGGCCAAACUGUGACCGCUCCGGCCUCCUGUGCUUUUUUCGCUAACGUGCAACGCAUUUGCCUAUUCAUAGGUCUGCUACGGGUGAAAACUGGCAACUGAUCAUGUUAGCGUGUCAAAGCGGUGCAGUGUGUGAUCCCAGGGUGGUGGAUCCACCAGGCACAUGUGGCAGCGCUUUCACUUACGUUUACUUCAUUUCCUUUAUCUUCUUUUGUUCUUUCCUGGUGAGUACAAGAAUUCAAAUUUACGCUAUUACAUCAAAAACUUCCAAAAAUACAUUAGGCUGAUUUAGCAAUAGGACGGGAACGUUAGUUGGCGACGGCAAAACGCGCGGAAAGGACUAAACACGACUUCCGGUGCCCAAUUUGCCGCUCUGCCAUUGGUCAAGCCAGAUGUGUGAUUUGCGCGAGCCGUUGUGAACUGACGUUCCGUUCUGUUGCUAAAUCAGCCUAUUGUGUGCAAAGCAUUUUCCAUCACUAUGUAUAACACGGAAUUUCUCGAUGUGUACAGCAAUACUUAGAGAUAUUUCAACCCUACAUGUCACUUCCUAUAAAACGGAGAAAUGAUAUCCGUUUUCAAAAACGUCCGAAUGUGUGUGAACGGGGCCAUGGCAAAACAAUUAUUAUUCACACGAGAAAAUGUUAAUGGUCGUUAGGAGAAUUCAAUUUAGAGUCGCAUAUCCAUAAAAAAAGAAACAGUACUCGGCACUGUGUAUCACUGCUUGGUAAUGAGAACACCUUGUACAGCGUAACAAACAACAUCAGCGUCGAGGCUUAAAUAUGACACUUUUCUCAAUGCUUAGUUCUACGGUAAGGUAUUGCCUAGUUCACUUCGCAUGAACGAAGCUGCAUAUGACAGUUUAAUUUAUUACUGGCUUUAAACCGUUUAACAUGUCUUUUCACUUUGUUUUUAGCUCCUUAAUCUUUUUGUGGCUGUUAUCAUGGACAACUUUGAGUACCUUACACGUGACGAAUCCAUUCUCGGCCCACACCACCUGGACGAGUUUGUCCGCGUGUGGUCUGAGUUUGAUCCUGGAGCCACGUAAGUUGCGAUAUAUAUUUGUCUUCAUUAUAUCUGUUGUUAGUACUUUUUGUUGGUGUGCUUGUUGUUUGUGUCUUUGUUUAUUUUAUUGUUUAUCGUUUUUUUAAAUUUCCUUUGUUUUUUUUUGUUUUUUUUGUUUUUUUCAGGGGUCGUAUAAAGCACACAGAAGUUUGUCAGUUGUUAAGACAAAUGUCUCCUCCAGUUGGAAUCGGCAAGAAAUGUCCUAAGAUCGUCGCUUACAAGGUUGGCAAGUCUCAGUUGCUUGAGUGUCAUAGCUGCUAUGUUACAGAGCUAAAACAUAAUAAUUUGUUUGUUUUUUGGCUGGAGGAGCGGGUUGGGAACUGUGCCAUCAAUAUUGGGGAGUCAAGUCCCUUUAAUCAAUAACAAGAAGAAAGCGAGCAACUGAGAACUAGGCAAAUAACAAAGUGAAUUAAUAUUUAGUUGUAGAGAUCCAUCUAGAAAAAAUAAAAAUGAGUAAAUUCCAUGUGGCAAAAUUAAAUUAAUUUUUUUGGUUUGACAGAAGGCACACUUGACCUUGGACACCUUUUGAUGCCUACACAAAGCAAUUCUUUAUAGAGUAAGGAGCGGAUUGACCAUGUAGCGAUUAGUGUGAUUAUGAGGGUUAAAGCAAUGACUACAGGUCUAGUGAUUGCGAAAGAGUUAGGUUUGAUUGACUGUUAGGGUUGUCAUUAUAGAUUUGUAAACUAAAGUUUACUUAACCCUGCGCUUUUUUUUUUCAGCGCCUGAUUAAGAUGAACAUGCCGCUGUACCCAGAUAACACGGUCACAUUUACGGCUACUCUAUUUGCCCUGGUGCGGACCUCGCUCAAGAUAAUGACUGAGAAAAGUAAGAUUGCUCUCUGUCUUUCUCAUUGUUCCUGUUUUGUAUUACACAUAAGCUGUGAACUGAGAUAUUUUGGUUGGCUCAUUGGUUUGACUUGAGUCUCGCGACUUUCUUCGCUCAAAAAAAGGUCGACUUUUGGACCACUCUGCUCGGACGUAAGAGCUAAAUUCGUCCACGUAAUUGUCUUUUUAAGCUAAAUGAUUUGACUUAUGCAAACGGUCUUAUCACCAACUGACAUAAUACAAAAUAUUGAAACAACUCUGUGCAGCACCAAGAAAAACCUGCUCAAGAUGGACAGCAUCUACGAAAUUCAGACCAAGGACAAUAUUUAAAAUUCUUCUUUCUUUUCAGAUAAUCUUAAGGAAAACGAUAAAGAAUUGAGAGCCAUGUUGAAAAGAGUCUGGCCGAAACUCACAAAGAAGACCUUGGACAGAGUUGUUCCAAAACCUCCAAGUCUCAUAAACAAUGGUAAGAAUCAAUAAAAAAUUUUGAAACUUUGAGAGCAGGGAAAGACAAUGGGGAGCUUAAGCAGCGACGUUUUUGAGCGACGCACGUCAACCGGAAAUGGACUUUUUGCACACUUGAGCCGUGAUUCUGAACAAAUUUUUGGGCAGAUGGCAAUACAAAUACGGUAGCGUAAAGGCUUACUAAAAGAGAAAAAGGCUCACUUCCGGUUGACGUGUGUCGCUCGAAAACGUCGCUGCUUAAGCUCCCUAUUAUGCGCAUGAGCAAUACUGUUUUUUUGUCGUUGUUGUUGUUUUUUUGCUUCGGGUUCCAGUUGUUCAAAAGGUAAAUAGCGGUAUCGGCUUGAUAAAUCUCUACGUAGCGGAUAGCGCAGUCAGUUUCCUGACUUUUAUCCAGUGGAUAGCGCUGUCCAGCUUUGUAAAACUCUGGGGCUUGCUCAACGGAGCGGCAUGUGGGCACUGAGAAUGCGCCUGGUACUAAACUCUUUGUUGCUCCGCUGUAAGGGUCUCAAUUUGCUAUCUUGAAUGAGCCCGAACCGAGGAAGAGCCAAUACAGUUUACUCCAACGGAAAGACUUGAGUAUUUACUAAGAAAUGCAUAUGGAUUGUUGACCCUUGUUCGGACUUUCAUCGUUAAUUUUGCAAUUUUUGAAUGGAUAUAUCUCUGUCAAUGUUGACCCGAUAAACACCAAACUUGAGAAUUGUGCAAAACUCGGUGUGCUCUUUCUAACACUAAACAGUGUGGGUCUUGUGUUCAUAGUUCCACAAUACUCGGACUCCUACCCAAUCCCCCACGCUAUGAAGUCCGGCAAUGUCAAGUAAUUCUCUCGUGUGCUAUGAUGAUACUUCAGGUCAAGUUAACUGUGUCAUAAUGGAGUUUUACUAAAUGUUGGGGGUUGCGGGUCGCGAGUGAAAGUCACGGGUGCCAGCCAGUGCGGGUAAAAGUCGUGGGUAACAUAACCUGCAUAACAGGUACUUCAUGAGCCAAGCGAGGCAAACGCGGCAUUUUGCUCCUCCCCUCGUCUCGCGCUUUGCGCAAAAUGCCGCGUUCCCCUCGCUUGGCUCAUAAAGCGCCUGUUAUGCAGACUAUCGGUAACAACAAAUUACCAAACCAAGGAUAAAAUACCAAAAAAGUACACGUUCUACUUACAUCAUGCUCAUGCUUUGUAGAUCGUUUUCACGUCAGCAACUAUGAUCAUUUUUUGUAACAAAAGAAAUAAUUUACAUACGAAAUUAGUUCAAUCCGACAGAAAUUUUUUGUACACCAACAUGGCCGCCGAGUUAUUGUUUUGUACACCAAUAUGGCCUCCGUGACGUCAUGUGAAAAUGAUCUGUUGAGAUGUAAUGCAUGCGACUUCAUGUAGUCAUGUUUAUUAUAUAUUUCUUUUAAAGAGGUAAUAAUUUUUACAAUAUUUUAUUUUCCAGCAAAUCAAGCGAAUCAGCAGCCGCAAAUGACCGUGGGAAAAAUAUAUUGUGCGAAAUUAAUUUACGAAAACUACAAGUUUAUGAGGCGGAAAGGAGAGGUACAGAAUAAGGUAAAAUAGACAAGAAGCUGUUAAAGUUGAUUUUUUGUUUUACAGGGGCAGUUCUGGGUUGAUUAGAAUGAAAUGAUAAAGAUCGUUUUGGUCAGUCCAACUGUGCAAUUGCUUGGUCAGUAGGUAGGAUUGGUCAAGCACGAAUCUGACCUCAAAGUGUCCUUAAAUUUUGUCAAAUAUAAGAAAAAGCGUCUCAGUAAAAGAGAUUAGCAGAUUUUGGGUUCUAGUCGGUGAGUAAUUCGUCAUAAACAGGCCUUAAGAACCCUAGUUUUUAAAAUUGUAAUGAUAUUUUCAGAGCUCAGAGCAUGUAUUUACAAUAAAACGAUCACAUUUUGAUCCUUUCAAUAUUAUCCAGUAGAGACUGCAGAAUAUCGUUGCCUUUUACCGGACAGGACUGGGCUCUACCGUGGGCUUGUUUACCGCGCUGUUUUUCCCUUCCAGUUCUUUUUCUUGGAUCGUGACGUCAUUAUUGUGCUUCAGGCCUAACUUUGCCUGCCCAACGCCCUUUCAGCUGUGCUUUUAGUUUCUCCUGCGGUCUUUCCUUGUUUCUUUCUUCCUUUUACAAUAUUAUCAUAUCUCUAAUCCAAUAUUAACUUUUAUUUUAAAUAUUUCUAGUAGCAUUAAAAUAAAUAUAAUACGUUUUUCCUCAAAGUAAAAUUAUAAGGUAUCCUAAACUAAAUACUCUAAAAAUGUUUACGAAAGUAUAAUGCAUUAAACCACAAGUUACAGUAACGUCAAAAUAAACCUUUAACCUGUAAAGUGACACCAAAAAAAUAUCUUUAAGAAACAAGUUCAGAGUCGCCUUUGUUCUUUUGGUCAGCGGUUGUUGUGUUCUGAACCGAUGAUCGAGGGAACCAAGGGCUCUGGUAAAAUAAUCUGUAACUUAAGGAUAAGCUUUUAAAACCUAACUUCAAAGAAAGAGAUUUAACUGUAGUAUGACAAGAAGUACAUUCAAAACAUAGUACUUGAUCGCAGAAUACAGAUAGCACGAUGAUAACUAGCUCUGUCGUUUAUUCCUUCAACUCUUCCUACCCCUGCGUCGUAUCCGAGUGCUUCUUGGGAUUUUUGACGGUAAUCGCAGCACAAGAGGUCAUGGGAAGGAUGAUAACUAAGAAGCCUUUCUGUUCACAUUUAGCCUUUCCAAGUUCCUUUGCGUUUUUUAAACCUUACCGUGAUGGUUUUCGCUGCACUUCAUGAAUUUGCCUCACUUGUUGCGCGGUGGCUUGCUGUCAAAGGUCCCAAGAUUUUUCUAAGAAGUAGUCUAUAUCCUCCUGGUUAGAUUGACAAAGUAGGCUAAAGAUAAGCGUAGGGGCUGCAUAAAAUACUUAACUGUUGUAGAAAGCAACAUUUGACAGGAAAGCACUAUGUAAACUCGAACCCCCUUCCUACCAGGCAUUUGUCAAAGUCCUCUUUCACAGUGCUUUCCUGUUAAAUGUUGUUUCACUUUUGGCCAGGACCUUCUUGGCUUCUUCAUAUGUUUAUAGUGAGUAACUGUCUGUCACAAACAACACGAACACUUCAUUAUUAGUUGAUUUUAUUGCACUUCUUAUCUUCUUUUUGUUCUGUCUCUCUUUCUCUUACCUUGGAGCAGGAUGCCGACCAGGUAGGUUUUACUUUGUCUUUACCUUUUGUUCUCUGAUACUCUUCUGUUUUUCUGCAGUUUUGUUGUUGUUGUUGUGGCUGUUUUAUUCAUAUUCUUUUUUUGUUCUUCUGCCACAUUUGUGGAUUUUAUCUACAAACGGGAGAAGCUCCUUGUACAGCACAGUAAACAGCACCACAAAAAAGCACUAGUCAGUUGCUAUCACUUGCUUGAUCGCACGUUAGGGUUUUAUCCACAUCCUCAAAGUUUAGAAUUACCACAUGACUGUUCAGUAGCUUUCAUUUGACUAGUCAUACGUUCUAUACCUUCACUGUGUGCCACCUUGCACGCUGAGCAAAAUAAACAGCAUCAAUACGUCAUAAACUGCCUCGGCAGCCAUAUUUCUACAUCUUAAAUAAAUUUCCCUACAAAAUUUUGCAUUUCAGUAGACUCAUUUGCUCCCCUCGCCUAGAUUGGCUACACGCACUGAGCCCUAUUGCCUUUUCUGGUUUAAUUUAUUUUUCCUCAUCACUGUCAACUGGCGUUAAUUUCUCAGGGAACUGUUCUGAGUCGCUUUGUUGGCGGAUCUAUGUUCCAGAAAUUACGACGAGAAAACGACCCUGAAUUAGGAGAGGUAUAGACUGAAGUGUUUAAUUCUUACUCCAUCGCGUAAUCUUGCACCUAAACAUUUUGUGUUUGGUGACAGUAACUUUAUCCAGGUCACUGGUUAUCCAGCCAAGAGUUCGUCCCUUCUGCUAUUAACUAACUUAAAACUCAUCUACUCUGCUAACUUUAAACGUUUCUUCCUUUAAAACGCGCAUUAUUUUCAAGNACGUUAGGGUUUUAUCCACAUCCUCAAAGUUUAGAAUUACCACAUGACUGUUCAGUAGCUUUCAUUUGACUAGUCAUACGUUCUAUACCUUCACUGUGUGCCACCUUGCACGCUGAGCAAAAUAAACAGCAUCAAUACGUCAUAAACUGCCUCGGCAGCCAUAUUUCUACAUCUUAAAUAAAUUUCCCUACAAAAUUUUGCAUUUCAGUAGACUCAUUUGCUCCCCUCGCCUAGAUUGGCUACACGCACUGAGCCCUAUUGCCUUUUCUGGUUUAAUUUAUUUUUCCUCAUCACUGUCAACUGGCGUUAAUUUCUCAGGGAACUGUUCUGAGUCGCUUUGUUGGCGGAUCUAUGUUCCAGAAAUUACGACGAGAAAACGACCCUGAAUUAGGAGAGGUAUAGACUGAAGUGUUUAAUUCUUACUCCAUCGCGUAAUCUUGCACCUAAACAUUUUGUGUUUGGUGACAGUAACUUUAUCCAGGUCACUGGUUAUCCAGCCAAGAGUUCGUCCCUUCUGCUAUUAACUAACUUAAAACUCAUCUACUCUGCUAACUUUAAACGUUUCUUCCUUUAAAACGCGCAUUAUUUUCAAGUAAUUUUAAACUUUCAGUCGUUUUUAAUACUAACAAAUAAAAUCAGUGACGUUUUUAUGUCUUUUUUCUAACUCUUUAAGCCAAUGGUAAGCCUUAUGCAUCAAACUUCAAUCCAGCACACCAGAUCGAACCUUCAUGUAUCCUUUCGUCCUUUAUAGCACCUUAAUUAACGAUGAAUGAAUUUUGCUUUUUUUUUUUCACAGUACAACAGGUUUGGCUACAAGAAAUUAUUUUUGUUGAUGGGUGCAUAGGGCUUACCUAACAGUUGAUUUAAUAAAUAAUAAAAUAAAUGAAAUAAUAAGCAUUCUCGAAGAUGCUCUUCUCUUUCUUUCUUCUAUCUCCUCGAUCUUGCUGCUAUUUAGUUCCGUAUUCCCGACUCUAACGGGUUUUCUUACGUGUUUUCUUGCUUAACAUUUCCUUUGUUAUAAAAUGGUUUUUAUUGCAUGGAAACCAGACCAACUGAAACAAAUGAAACAUGCUUCACCCAGCACGAGAUCACUUGACCGAUAUUCGUACGACCGUGGAAGCGUGUUUGUUGGCCAAGUUUUGACUUUUUUUGCUUUUCUUUAGAUUAGUAUAAUAAAUGAAAUGAUACGGCAUACGUGGAGAGAAGAACACAGAAAAAAAUUCUGAGUUCCAGAUGGGAAUUGAACCCACGACCUUCUGUACACUAGUCGAAUGCUCUUACCACUGAGCUACUGAGAAGUCAGUGGCGAGCGGGUCAACUGUGGGCUGACAUAACCACCGCAUCGCGUCGUCACAGUAGAUUAGUGUCUUUUCUUUCCAUAAUUUUUCUGUAUCCUCCAAUGAGGUCCAACACAAUCAGCAAUAACUUCAUGACUUCGUAGAUUUCAUUGUGUAUGGUGGAAUGUUUGAGAGCGGAGUGAAAGUAGUAAGGUUUGGGAACAUUCAGUUGCCUCAUGUAAGGGAACCCGUGGAAUCCGGCAUCCUGUGUUUUUGAGUCCGCGUUACAGCUCAAGGAAACGGGAAUCCCACUAACGAUUGGAAUUCGGAAUCCAAGUUCCACUGACAAACAAUCCGGAAUCCACGGCGUGGAAUCCAGAGUUCAAGACUGUCUUGGAUUCCUUUACAUGGGGUAAAUGAAGGCAAACUAGGAAUCAUGAAGAUGUAAUAGAAGGUUUGGUUGCGUUUCUUUGAAAGAAUGGAGCAUUAGAUUCUUCAUAUCACAAAUCUUUUGAUUCGGUUGCGACGAAAGAAACAAACGAUCCGAAAUGAAUACUGAAGGCGAUGUUACACGGAGCGAUUCGUAACGACGGUUUUUUUAAUCAUUAUUGUUUUUUUGGGGGCCUCAUAUUGUUAUCAGGGGUCAAUUUAAUAAAACUUUUGCAAGUGUAGCCAAUGUUUUAGAGUCUGAAAACAAUAGCUACGCUUGUAAAUUACAGUGGUAAGGGUUUUAUUAAAUCGACCCCAGGUUUACGUUUUUUCGGAUCCGUACCCUAAAAUAGCAGUGAUCUUGAAUCCUAACUUUCCUGCUGCCUUUGUAAUUUUUUAUAAGUGUACAACUCCCGGACGUUUGCGAUUUUUAAGGUAGUGCAUAUAAUGAUAAAAAAAGGAGUGAAUUAUUUCGAUCAAGGCUGAUGUACACAACUCAUUUUUGCCAGGGACUUCAAAUGCAAGAAGUUUCAGUUAGUUUAACUGAUGGUCCGCCGUAUCACUCAGGUUCCGUGCAGGGCCUCUAUCACCCUAAUCACCAGGUAAGACUGAUCAGUUUAAAGUAACUGAGUAAUUUUCUUGCAGUAUACCCUUUAUACCCCUGACUUUGUUCUCUAGUCUGAUGUUGUAGUGUACUCUGUUGAGAUGUGGUGCUAUAGCGGCUGGCUGAAAGCCUGGACUCGGUUGCAUAGAACCUUACCCAAGCGGCCAUGUAAUGUUCUGUUUAUUUUAAGGAUACUGAUGAAAUUCCUACAUAAAACACAACUUUUUUUUAUUCAUUUUCGAAACAGCAAAAUAGUGCAAUUAAAGCGGUCACCUCUCGCAAAAUGCCUGUCACACCCGGAUAUAAAGUUGUAAAGUAGAAAUAAAGACAAUAAUUGGCUAAUCAUGUUAGUAACCAGGGCGACACCAACAUCCUCACAUCUGAAAGAUAAAAAUAGUAUCUUCACUGCGCGCGAUGAAGAUAUGAUUUUUUAGUAAAAGGAAAAAUCGUGGUAUUUCAUCGGUAUCUAUAUAAUAACGCGUUUUAUUGGGGUGAGCGUCUGUUGUUUACUGUUACUUCUGCUACUGUCCUCGGGUCGUGUAUGUAGAUAAACGGUNACAAAAAACCAAAAUAUUUUAUUAUAAUAAAUAUAAAUAUCUUUUUGUGUUGGGUGGAUUUUGUUUUUUUUUUUUUUGUUAUAUUAUUUUGUUUUUUUUUUUUUUUUUAUAUAUUAUAUUUUUUUUUUUUUUUUUUUUUUUUUUUUUUUUUUUUUUUUUUUUUUUUUUUUUUUUUGCCGUUUCCAAGGAACUGGAACGAACCCACCGUAAUGCGCAGCCUGGCAGCCUAAAGAGCUGAGGCCUCGCUUAAAGAGGGAAGUCUACAGAGCGCUACUUUAGCGAGUCCAAAAUGACAUUUCCCAGCUGAGUUACCGCGCAUCCAUGCAACCACGCCUUUGCCGUACAAUACUUACCCGACCUUACCCGCGACGAAAAAUUUAACCUCGAUUUUGGCGGUCAAAUUUAGGAACGGCUAGGCGUCUAAAUUUUAGUACCGUUAUGGUGCUUCCGUGUGAAUGGUUUUGGUCCCCGAAGAUUGGAAAGUUCCAUAAUUGGUCACGACACCCAUUGACGGGUUUUUAUUAUGGCCCAUUCUUAAAUAAAAUUUUCUUCUGCUCUUCUAUAGGUAAUGGAGAGCCCGACCCGAUCCCGCUACCCGUCCCAACAAAUGCCUCCGGUAGCUCACCACUCUACAACGUCUCUAAAUGAAGGGCGUGGUCCUGGUGUGACCACAUCUCUAGCCGGUCCUCAUCGGCGUCAAUUGCCUCAGACGCCUGGUUCUCGCACUGGAUCUCAACUCUCUUUGACCGGUAAAGGACCAGCGCUCCCGGAAAACCGGGGCGACAGUGUUCUAGAAAAUGGCUAUCAUCCGAAUAUGAACCAACACAUUGCCAUGGCAAUACGAAGCGGGCAAAGCCCUUACGCUAUAUACGGUCUAGAAGACAUGGGUGAUGAGGACGACUGGUGCUAG